AAGCGAUGCACGCCGGGAGUUGUGGUUCUCGCGCGAGGCGGUUGGCUGCCCCCGUGGAGCUCGGGCCUCACCCGGAUGGAGGCUGGGACGCGCGGCUCUUGGCCCUGGGGCUCGCUCCUCGUGCUGCUCGGGUUGGUGUCGACCGCGGCCGCCGCUUGGGGCCUGACUUCGCUGCGCUGCAACUUCGGCGCCUUUUGUGAAUGUGACUUCCAGCCAGACUUCCAGGGUCUGGAGUGUGACCUGGCCCAACACCUGGCGGGACAGCACUUGGCCCGAGCAUUGGUGGUGAAGGCACUGAAGACCUUCGUGCAGGACCCAGCACCCGCCAAGCCGCUGGUCCUCUCCCUGCAUGGCUGGACAGGCACUGGCAAGUCCUAUGUCAGCUCCCUGCUGGCACAAUAUCUCUUCCGGGGUGGCCUCAGCAGCCCCCAUGUGCACCACUUUUCCCCUGUCAUCCACUUCCCCCACCCCAGCCACAUGGAGCACUACAAGAAGAAUCUUAAGAGCUGGGUCCAAGGGAACCUCACUGCCUGCAGCCGCUCCCUCUUUCUCUUCGAUGAGAUGGACAAGCUGGCUCCAGGCCUGAUGGAGGUCCUGCAGCCCUUCCUGGGCUCCUCCUGGGUUGUGUACGGAACCAACUAUCGCAAGGCCAUCUUCAUCUUCAUCAGCAACACUGGUGGUGAGCAGAUCAACCAGGUGGCGCUGGAGGCCUGGCGCAGCCGCCGGGACCGUGAGGAGAUCCGCCUGCAGGAGCUGGAGCCGGUCAUCUCCCGGGCCUUACUGGACAACCCACACCAUGGCUUCUGGCGCUCUGGCAUCCUGGAAGAGCAUCUCCUGGAUGCCCUGGUACCCUUCUUACCACUCCAGCGGCACCACGUACGGCACUGCGUGCUCAACGAGCUGGCCCACCUGGGCCUGGAGCCUAGGGAUGAGGUUGUGCAGGCUGUGCUGGAGAGCGCCACCUUCUUCCCAGAGGAUGAGCAGCUCUUUUCCUCUAAUGGCUGCAAGACUGUGGCUUCCCGAAUAGCCUUCUUCCUCUGACCCCCAGGGGGUUCCCUGCCCUUCUCUACCUGGCCAGGCUGAGCGACAAAGCCCUGUGGACUCUGCCAGAGGGACCCUUAUCCUGAGCCUCCCAGAGAGUGAGACCCAAAGCCCCAAAUGAAGAGGAGGUGGGGCGUGGGCAGGCCCUGGCCUCUUAUCUGGUCUGAGGGCAUCUCGGCCUUUGCUUCCUUCCCCAGGGAAACCACUGGUGACCCCAGAAUCUCACGCUCCAGCCUGAGCCUUCUUAAGCUGUGAACUGUAACUCAGGGACUGUGGCUCGUGGCCGCUCGCCCCCUCUUCGGUCUGUCAUUUUUGCCCCCAUGCUCUGGGGCCACACCCCUCUCCGCCCCACACCCUGCGUCGCAGUGAUGUGAAGCCAGGUUGAGGUUUCGUAGUCUCUGUGAACAGAGGGACUCAAGCUGCGACUUGGGCCUGGUUUUUAAAGUUUUUAAUUUUGUAAAAGGAGAACAAAUACAAUAAACUUAGCCUUGGGAUCAGA